CAGAAUGAAUGACUGUUCGCAUAUUAAACCGCCAUGUGAAAACGAGAGAGUAACAUUUUGCUUUAUCCUUUUGGCUGCGGAGUGGUCCAUCUCUUUAAUAAACUAUCUUUGCAGUAGCGUUCGUCAGCCGGCAGAGGGCCCCGGUGAGCUUUGUGUUCCCGCUGUGACCCGGAUUCAUAACAACAUUUGGACUCACGGCUGAGGGGCUAGCUCCGUGAUUCAGGCCGACUCUCUUGUUGUUAUUCACGGUUGUGGUGCUCUCACCGCCCCGGAGCUGCUCACCGGCUGUACAGCGGUAUUACCGGGAGACGGCUGUCCGAUCUGACCGACUGAAGGACGACAUGAAGACGGUUUAGAGUUAAAUUAGAGACCGUUACAGACGUUAGCCUGAACACAGACCGUCACCGACAACAUCAACACCAGCGGGGGGACGGAGACAGCUGUAAACAGUCAGUAUCUGAAUCUGUCACCUUAGUUUGAUGCUGAUAUUGUCCAUCUGUUAGUGGAUUAUCGAGAUUAUUCUGUUUAAGGAGCGUUUAGUUAGCAUGCUAAUCCUGCACUGUCAGAGGAGCUGGAUCAUGUGAUCAGCUGAGUGAUCAGCUGAGUGAAGGCUGCUGUGAUGGAUGUGUGAAAAAAUACUUUAUCAAACAUGUCUGAUCAUCAUCAGUCCGGUCAGAAAGAUGUUUGACGACAGAAACAAAGAAAAACUGACGGGAUUGAAGCGAAAUCUGUGACUCUGAGCUGGAAAUCAGCUGAUGGAGUCAAACCCCAGAAUACAGAGUUAAUCUCUAUAAUCAGAUACAAACAGUGCGGCCGGAAGUCAGAGAGGAGGGUCAACUGACAAUCUGACUAAUGCAGAUUUAUGUGAAAAUCUGUUAAAAAUGAACUUUAUGCAGAAACAAGAAUAAUAAUAAUAAUAGUAAUAAUAAUAAUAAUAAUAAUAAUAAUAAUAAUAAUAAUAAUGAUAAUAAUAAUAAUAAUAAUAAUGAUAAUAAUAAUAAUAAUAAUAAUAAUAAUAAUAAUAAUAAUGCAUCAGAUGUUUAGAGCGAUUUUUGUCAGAGACCCUCAAAGUGCUUUACAAUGGAUCCAUCAUUCAUUCAUUCAUUCAUUCAUUCAUUCACUCACACAGUCACUCCCCGGUGGUGGUAAACUACCUGAGGAGUCACAGCUGUCCUGGGGCAGACUGACGCAAACAUGGCGGCCAGUUUGCGCCGACGGCCUCUCCGACCACCAACACACAACACUCACAAUCACACACCAGAGGGGGACACACACUGGGAGUCAGGGGGGUGAGUGUCUUACUCAGAGACACAACAGACAGACUCGGGCAGACAGGACGGGGUUCAAACCGCCAACCCUCCGGUUCUUGGCCGACCGCCCGUCAAAACAUCACCGACCAAUCAAACGCUUUAAUGAGGACCGCAGACUUCUCUGUGAGCUGGACCGGGUUUGACGGUUCAGUCCAGGAUCUGACAUCAUUCCUGUUUCUUCUCCACAGACGGGCAGAGAUGGGGAACCAGCUGGCGGGGAUCGCCCCCUCACAGAUCCUCUCUGUGGACAGCUACUUCUCUGACAUCCACGACCACGAGUACGAUAAGAGCCUGGGCAGCACGCGCUUCUUUAAGGUGGCUCGCGCUAAACAUCGGGAGGGCUUGGUGGUGGUCAAAGUCUUUGCCAUCCAGGACCCGUCUCUGCCUCUGACCAGCUACAAGCAGGAGCUGGAGGAGCUGAAGAUCCGGCUGCACUCCUGCCAGAACUGCCUGCCCUUCCAGAAAACCUCCCUGACCGAGAAAGCCGCCAUCUUGUUCCGCCAGUACGUUCGGGACAACCUGUACGACCGCAUCAGCACUCGGCCCUUCCUCAAUAACGUGGAGAAACGCUGGCUGGCCUUCCAGAUCCUCAACGCAGUCGACCAGGCGCACAAAGCCGGCGUCAGACACGGCGACAUCAAGACGGAGAACGUGAUGGUGACGAGCUGGAACUGGGUGCUGCUCACCGACUUCGCCAGCUUCAAACCCACCUACCUGCCCGAGGACAACCCCGCCGACUUCAACUACUUCUUCGACACGUCACGCCGGAGGACGUGCUACAUCGCUCCAGAGAGGUUUGUGGACGGGAGCAUGUUCACCACGGAGAGCGACCAGAACACGCCGCUGGUCGACCUGACCAACAACAACCAGAGGAGCCGAGGGGAACUCAAACAGGCCAUGGACAUCUUCUCUGCAGGUACGUCCAGGUCGAGCUCAGAGUCACGGCGGCGAAGAAACCGAAUCUUUCUCUCCGUUUCAAAGUUUGUGUUUUUUCGUUUUCAGGCUGUGUGAUCGCCGAGCUCUUCACCGAGGGCGUCCCGCUCUUUGACCUCUCUCAGCUGCUGGCGUAUCGUAAAGGACACUUCCAGACGGAGCAGGUCCUCCUGAAGAUCGAGGACCGCAGCAUCAGAGAGCUGGUAACGAUCCCUGCCCUCUGAUUGGUUGUUUGCAGUCGAGUCUCUUUCUGCAGC